AGCACCAAAGCACUUUUUGCCAGCUUCAACUUCAACAGCAUCAGCUUUAGAAGAAUCAUCACCUGACAUGUUUCGUGAGACCUACGUAAGUUUAGAAAACCAAUCGCCAGUAAGCCAAAUUCAAGCAAGUCAAGAACUUCUGCCAGCAAGCCCAAGUGGGUCUUCGAACUUAGAAAGCCUAGACUUGCUGACAAGUCCAAGUGGGUCUCAGAACUUACAUAGCCAAGACUUGCUGGCAAGCUCAACUGGGAGUCGGAACGCCGAAAGACAAGAGACUUAUUGCUCAUCAGACACGGCGAAGUUGAAUAGUACAUCAGUUGGAGUCCAAAACAACUUGAAAAAGGCGAAAAGUAAAUCUCAAGAUACGGAAGAUUUUGUCGACGAGACACCACAAUUCAUUUCAUGCAAUACUACAGAUGCCGAUGUAACGGGCCUAUUGUCAAGUGGUGUAAGUUCGGCGAAUGCAUCUAAUGGUGGCUCAAUGAAUUGGACGAACACUAAGAAAGCAAAUGUCAGCAUAAAUAAUGGUCCAUCCUAUGAGCAUUUGAUGGUCAUGAAGGCUCUUCAGCAAGUAAUAGAGCUGUCAAAAAAGAUUGAUUUGAGAAUAAGAAAUAUUGAAGACAAAAUUGAUCGGAAAAUUACUCCUGAAAUUGAAGGAAAUAAUUGGGAGGGACUUCCACUUAAAGACGUAACUGAAUUUCAAGCAUUUGAGAAAAAGUUAUUGUCGGACCCCCAGACGUUUGAUGCUGUGGUUCUUCUAGUGGAAAGAUGUGGUGGCGAUACUGUUGCUGAAGCGGUAACUAGGGCGUGGGAUCGAAUAACAACGAAGGAGUGUCGAUCUGCUUGCAAUUGGUGCGGAAUUAAGAAAAAGGGUGUGAAGAAACAUAAAAUUUCAGGCUCUAAAAUUGUUGAUGCUGUUCACAAGGGUGUCCGUAAGACACUACCAGACGCUAAGGAUUCUCAGUUGGAAAAGGAAACGAAAAAACGUUUCGUACGGACUCCAGAAAAACUGAAACCAGCCAAGGCAUCGUCUUCGCAAACAUCACAUGUUGGUGAUGAAGAAGACAGCGACUGAGUUAAGAUUUCAGUGAACAUAUAUCGACAUAGAAUCAGCUGUCGGUGUAUUCCUGCACAGGAUCUCGAUUGAUUUAUUAUAUUAAAAGAUUCAACUAAUGAAACAAAACAAUCAAGAAUAACCAAGAAUCACAUGAGUUUAAAGAUAAUUCAAGCUUCGAGACCAGAUCAAAUACUGGAUUCAGUCUCAUAUGAAAGUCAAGAGAAUUUUUUGGAUAUGGACUGCAAGCUGUAGACACGGUUAGUCAUGAAGGAGGUCUUUAUGAAAAGGGAGAUAUUUGUGAUCCGGCCUCGACAGGAAAGAUCUUCUACAGGUCUUUAAGAAUUACCGUCGGCUUUCCUGUCCUGAUCAACACUCGUCCAAUAUUCUAUCAAUUAUCACCGGAAAUGCAGUUGGCCGGAUGGAGUACUACUAACGGUUGUUGUGCUGUUAUACCUGGCCGUCCAGUCUAUAAGCAACACUGGCAAGAACAUCUGAUAAAAUGAUAAAUGUUUACAUCCAUUGAUUUGAUUUAAAAAAUAAACCGGUAUAAUCUAA